GUCAUUGUUUUGGUGUCAAGUUGGCAAGUGCUGUUGGAGCUGUCUCGCUUGCUGGAGUGAGGUGGAUUGCGUCAUAUAACACUGGUUAUAAACCAUUGUUCUAGUGUAGAAAUACCAGAUCGUUCUGAUAUUGUUUUUCCUCCAGGAACAUUCGCGGCCGUCGCGUCUAUGAAUAUUGUCUUGCAUAUCAGCUUUCCAGCAAGCCAUUAAAAGGAAUUGGCAAAGAUGCCAUUCAGAGAUUUCUUUCGAGGUCUGAUGGGUCUUCCAGCCAGAAGUGCCGAUGAAAACAACAACAGGGAUGUGUGGAGCAGUGACCCGUUCUAUGACCUGUUCCGCGACUUCUCGGCCAUGGUGGACCGGACCCAAGACUUCAGCAGGCCGGAGCAGCCGGACGACGACGCGGACGACGCCGGCCAGUAUGGCGGCUCACGCAGCGGGCAAGACGACUUCGGCUUCCCAAUUUUUCCUGAGCCUGAGGACAUGUUUCGACACUUCGAGGAGCAGUUCCGGCGCACUUUCCAAGGUUUUGGACUGAUGGACUUUCCCCCUGGGUUCCAGCAGCCGCCGCUGGAGGCGCCACGGGGCUCGUCGCCAGCGCAGCCUGGCGGCGAGCCGGGAAGUCUGCGCGACCGCAUGCUGAAGCCGGGCCUGGACUUGGACGAGGGGCGCGCCGACUCGGACCUGGACGACCGGGUGACGGACGGCGGCAGCCUGUCGGCGCUGUUGGACCGACCCGCGCCCGACGGCCACUUCAGCAGCAGCAGCAGCAGCAGCGUCAUAGUGCGCCGCUCUGUCGGCCCGGACGGGCGGGUGGAGGAGCGCCGCUUGGAGACGGGCCCGGACGGCCGGAGCCGCGAGACGGUGACGCGUCGACUCGGCGAUCGCCAGCAGACGGUGGUGACGCGCCAGCAGCCGGACGGCACCAGUGAGCGCGAGGAGCAGCUCACUAACCUGCAACCGGAGGCGCUGCCAGAUUUCGACCGCCAGUGGCAGGCGCCGCCCAGCGCCGGCCCGGAAGCUUCGGCCGCCACGCCCGAGCAGAGCCGACUCGGCGACGCCUUCUGGAGGAGCCUGUUCGGCUGUUGACCGGUCGGCCUGGAGCUGGGCCGGCCGGACCAGUCCCCGCGCCGCUCCUGGGAUAGCUCGCCCGCCCGGACGGGGGGCGGCUCGGUGGGAGAGGCAGAUAGCAUGCCAGACUGUCGCGCCUAGAGGUGGCUUGCGCGACGAUAGUGGCGCUGGCGGCGGAGGUGACGCGCCUGGAGUGGGCGUGUCCAACAGUCGCGUGACGCGCUGGCAUCAGAAGAGAUAAGAAAUAGUGCAUUGAACUGAUGGGGGGGGGGGGGGGGGGACUGGCUACACCACGCGUGUGUAUCAUCCGCAGUCGCCCCGCGGGUAUGGGAAUGAAGGAAGUGGCGGUGGGGAGCUGUCCCGGAGUAGCCUAGUCGGCUUUAAUAUAAGGUUAC